AAACAUUUGGGGCAUUCUGGGACCGCGGCAAUUGCAGCCUGCAAGCCAUGGUGCCAGCGCAAUAUUAUCAGCUGGGUGCGGCGGCAUGGGAAGUCUUGGACUGUCCGCGUCCUUGACAUGGUCGACGGCUCGCCAACCCACUAUGUUAACUAUAUCCCCGACACCUCUGAGUUCUUUCCAGAGGCCUUCCUCAAGCGUCGCAUGGCGGGCACGCAUGCUGCACCUCAUGCAGCUGACUUAGUCCGCCUCCCGCUCCUGUACUUGCACGGUGGCAUCUGGGUCGAUGUUGGCUUCAUGCUCUUCCGUAGCCUGGAUGACCUCUUCUGGGAGAAGCUGGAAGAUCCUGCGAAUCCUUUCGAGCUCGCUGGGUUCAGAAUGACCAUAAACGACGAGAUGUCCAUGUUCUGGAAUGGGCUUAUUGCAGGGAGAAAAGGCUGCAUUGCUAUUAAGCAUUAA